CUCUUCGUGUACCGCGCUUCUUUCGAUCAGUUUUCUCUCGCGAGUUGCACGCGCGUGUCCUUUCGCGAGGACUCGAGUAUCGGUCCUUCGUACACGAGACGCGAAUUAACGCAGGAUACACGGAGAUUUAUCGGCCAGGAUCCCCGCUGGACGGGUUGCCUAUCAUCCGUCACGAUGCGCCCUCGAUGCACACGAUUCCUAGCACAUAAAACGCAUAAGGAAUGCGCAUUGUCAGCGUGUGUGAGUAUAAAAGAGAGCCAUCCGAGCGAUGCAGUUGUUAAGGAAGAGCAGGACCACCAGGAGGUCUCUGUUUAGAAAUGGAAAAGAGUGUAAACGAAACGUAACAGUCUGUGAAAGACAUGAAGCAAAGAAGUCCCGAAGAGGGUGUAGGAGGGGGAGUAAAGAAAUUGACGGUGACUCGAGUGUCAGAAGGCCGCAGGCUCGUGGUCCCUGACCGGUCGACGCAGCCUCCUCCCGGUUCCAGAGAAUCAGAGUCACGUUCAGUCAGUGGCCGACUCCCGUACGCGAAGGUGGUGCGCGUUUCUCGUUCGUUCAACACUAGUGUCGAGAGGGCUUUUCCGGUUUCACUGCGUGCUUCCCGAUCCUCAGCGGGAAUGACGACCACUAGCAGCACGUGGUCGUCGGUGCUUCUCGUAUUUAUAAUAGGGCUAUUCGUGCACGACACCCUUGCUAAACACCAGCACCACAUAAAAUUGAGGCAUCAGAGACAUCGUCGACAGCAUGGGGAUAGCUAUCUGCCUAGCAGUUUCGUGCUGGACACGGACGAGCCUGAACGAGGGACAUGGGGACCGUGGUCGUCACCCAGCUCCUGUUCCAGAUCCUGUGGAGGUGGUGUCGCUCAUCAAACCAGACAGUGUCUCGAUAUAGACGAGAAUGGGUACAGCAGGUGCACAGGGUCGACGAGACGAUUCUUCUCCUGUAAUAUUCAGGAUUGUCCAGGAGAGCAGAAGGACUUCCGAGCAGAGCAAUGCGCCGAAUUCAACAGCGUACCUUUCGAGGGAGCCUACUACGAUUGGAUCCCCUACACCGGUGGGCCGAACAAGUGCGAAUUGAAUUGCAUGCCCCGUGGCGAGCGUUUCUUCUACAGGCACAAAUUGAUGGUGGUCGACGGUACACCAUGCGAAUCGGAGAAGAACGACGUUUGCGUCGGGGGCAAAUGCAUGCACGUUGGAUGCGAUAUGAUGCUGGGAAGCGAUGUGAGGGAAGAUGCUUGCAGAGAGUGUGGCGGAGACGGGUCAAAUUGCAACACCGUUUCCGGUUUGUUCGACACCGACGAUCUGCAAGCAGGGUACAUCGAUAUCAUACUGAUUCCCAAGAGCGCCACAAACAUCGUGAUAAAGGAACUAGAACCAUCGAACAAUUACCUGGCGAUUAGAAAUACCACCGGAUACUACUAUUUGAACGGAAACUGGAGAAUAGAUUUUCCACGUAGCUUGAAGUUUGCUGGAUCCAUAUUCCAUUAUUCAAGGGACCCUCAAGGUUUCUCGGCACCGGACACCAUCACUGCCUUGGGACCUACCAGUGAGCCAAUUUACGUGGUGUUAUUGUACCAGGACCACAACGUCGGCGUGCAUUACGAAUACAGUAUACCAAAAAGAAUUUCGCAGCAAACGGACGCUGACAGCUACGCUUGGAUAACCGAUGAAUUUUCCAGCUGCAGUUCCUCGUGCGGAGGAGGUUACCAAUCGAGACGAAUAGCCUGUGUGCGAAGAAGAGACAGCCAACCCGUGGAUGAGAGCCUCUGUGAUCCACAGAUGGAACCGGACGACACUCAGGCUUGUAGCCCAGAGCCUUGUCCACCUGUGUGGGUGGAGGGCGAGUGGAGUCCUUGUAGCAAACACUGCGGGGAAGGAGGUGAACAGCAGAGGGAGAUCAAAUGCGAGCAGGUCAUCUCUGGAGGAAUCCCUACGGUGGUGGACGAUAGUCAGUGUCUGGAGAAGGUGGGACCAAAAGGACCGACUAGCCAGGAGUGUAACAAGGAUGUACCGUGCCCUCAGUUUCAUGUUGGUCCAUGGAAACCGUGCGACCAUUUGUGCGGCCCUGGCAAACAAACUAGGAGAGUGACCUGUUAUAAGAAGGUAGAGGGCAAGAUCGAGGUCCUGGAGGACGAUGCCUGCGAGGGAGAGGUUCCAGAACGUGAGAAACCUUGCGAAUUGAGACCCUGUGCUGGUCUCGACUGGGUCACUUCGGACUGGAGUGGUUGUGACGAUAGAUGUGGUCUGACACAAGAAACAAGAACGACCCACUGUGCCACUCAAGACGGUACCGUUUACCCAGACGAAAAGUGCGACCCCGAAAAGAAGCCAGAAUUGAACCGCGAAUGCGAGAGCAAGAAAGAGUGCGACUUCCUUUGGUUCGCCUCCCAAUGGAGCGAUUGCUCCGCCAGCUGUGGCUCCGGUGUGCAAACACGUAAAGUGUUCUGCGGAACUUUCGACGACGAAACGGUGAAGAAAGUACCUGACGAAAAGUGUGACGCGAGCAAGAAAUUCAACGACACGAAGAACUGUACCGCUGAAGAAGAGUGCAAAGGUGAAUGGUUCGCUGGUCCAUGGAGCAAGUGCUCGAAACCGUGCGGCAGCGGCAUGAUGAGCCGCAAGGUGAUUUGCAUGAAGGACAACGUGACGGUCUCGACAGGCUGCGACGCAAGCACGAUCAUGUUCGCCACGGAAAAUUGCAAUGAUCAACCUUGCGAAGAAGAUGAGGUAAUACCAGUUCAACCGGACAAGAUCAAAGACCUCACUGACGAGGACGAGGAAUGUGAAGUGUACGAGGAUGAAGACUUUGUUACUGUUUCUUCGAGUUUCGCAGCUAGUGACAAAUCCAGCGACGACUCAGACCUGACAGAGGCAACACCCUUGAGUUCGCCAGAUACCAGGUCAUCCACAGCGAGCGACAUAUACGAUUUGAUGCCCGGCGAUGGUCCGAAAACCAGAAGCGACAUACCUCCCGGGGAGACGGGAAGUGGCGAAGGAAGUAGCCCAGAUUUCACCGAUUUCCUCAGUGGAACGUACACGUCGGAAUUCGAGACCACCUUCGAGGGUAGCGGAACAGACGAGACGACGGAAGAGGGUGAGUCCACGACCGGAAUCACGGAAUCCGAGGUCACCGACGAAACUGUCGAGGGAUCGACCAUGGGUUCCACCGACGACUCGACUAUUGAGAUAUCAGGGACACUUUCUUCCGGUGAAACUGAUGAGACAACUGAAUCCGGUAUGACGGAUUCGAGCGAUCUAACUUCUGAGUCAUCGGAAUCGACAAGUUCUUCCGAAAGUGGAGCCACAGAAGAAAGUACAGUUUCGUCGAUGACGGAAUCGACGGAAACGGAAGUAACCGGGUCGUCUGAGUCCACAGAAUCUGGUCCAACUACAUCUUCUUCAGAAACUGAGAGCACCGUCACUCAAGAAUCUGAAUCAACCAUAUUGGAGUCAUCCACUGUAGAAGGAAGUACCGAAUCGGGUGCUACCGAAGGAUCCACCGAAUCAGGAGCCACAGAAGCAUCAGAGCCCACAGAGGUAUCAGGCACCGAGGAAUCCACAGAAUCUGGAGCUACAACAGAGUCUGGAGCCACAGAAGCAACGGAAUCUGGAGCAACAACCGAGACCACUGAAUCUGGUCUCACGGAGACUACCGAGUCUGGAAUGACUACGGAGUCUGGUAUGACUACCGAGUCUGGAAUGACUACUGAAUCUGGAAUGACUACGGAGUCUGGUAUGACAACAGAGUCUGGAAUGACUACGGAGUCUGGUAUGACAACAGAGUCUGGCAUGACAACGGAGUCUGGAAUGACAACGGAAUCUGGAAUGACUACCGAGUCUGAAAUGACAGAGUCUGGAAUGACAACGGAAUCUGGAAUGACAACAGAGUCGGGAAUGAGUACGGAGUCGGGAAUGACUACCGAAUCGGGCGAAACCACAGUAGAAGCUAGUACAGUUUCCGGAGAAACUACGGAGUCUGGAGCAACGACCGAAAGUGGUGAAACCACUGUGUCUGGAGCUACCGAAACAACCGUUUCUGGACUGACGCCAGUAACCGAGGAGGAAGAGACUGAGAUGACCGAGAAAACUCACAUAUCUGAGAUCUGGACAACAGUCAGUCCAGAAGAGACAACUCGCAAACGCCGCAUAUGCAAGGUACCCAAAAAGAAGAAGACCUGCAAGACCUCGCCCUUCGGCUGCUGUUACGACGGAGUCACUGCAGCAGAGGGUCCCUUCGAUCAAGGCUGUCCCACACCACACACCUGCAACGAGACCAAACACGGUUGCUGUCCAGAUGGCGUGUCACCAGCUACUGGUCCAGAUAAUCAAGGAUGUCCUGAGACCCACUGCGACGAAACUUUAUUCGGUUGCUGUCCUGAUGGAGUCACUGCUGCCGAGGGCAACGACAACGAGGGAUGCACGAAACCUUGCAAUGAAACAGAAUUCGGUUGCUGUCCCGACAACGAAACACCAUCCAGCGGACCUGACAACCUGGGUUGCUGUAACGUCACAGAGUUCGGAUGCUGUCCAGACGGUAUCAAACCAGCCACCGGACCGGAUGGCGAAGGUUGCGAACAGGAGGUUACAACUGUAUCUCCCGUCACGGAUGAAUACGAAACAACCACAGUGCAGGAGGACUGCGCGAACAGUACCUAUGGAUGUUGUCCGGAUAGUGUGUCUUUCGCGACGGGACCGAACUUUGAUGGAUGUGGAGUUAUCAAUACUGAGAAUUGCACUAUAUCGUACUUUGGAUGCUGUCCUGAUGGCGUUUCACCAGCUCUCGGUCCCGACAACUACGGCUGCCGCAUGGCAUGCGACAACAGCACCUACGGUUGUUGCGAUGACGGAGUCACCCCCGCACACGGUCCAAACAGAGAGGGUUGUUGUCUCUCCACACCGUACAAAUGCUGUCCGGAUAAUAUACUACCCGCACGAGGACCAAACUUCUACGGCUGCGGUUGCCAAUACGCGAGAUUCGGAUGCUGUCCUGACAACACCACAGCCGCACGUGGACCGAAUAACGAAGGGUGCGGAUGCAAGUACACCCCUCACGGCUGUUGCCCGAACCGUUUCACUCCGGCCACUGGACCGAAUUACGAGGGUUGUCCGUGUUACACUUAUCAGUUUGGCUGUUGCCCUGACGGUGUCACCAUUGCCAAAGGACCUCAUGGACAGGGUUGCGGUUGCGAGAACACGGAGUUCAAGUGCUGUUCCGACGGCAGAACUCCUGCGAAAGGGCCAAACUUUGCCGGUUGCACUUGCGAUACCUCGAAAUUCGGAUGUUGUCCCGAUGGAGUGGAGGAAGCACAGGGAGAGAACUUCGAGGGCUGUCUUACGGUACCGUCGACUCCUGGAGCAGCGUGUGCCCUCGAGAGGAACCGAGGUCCCUGCAGAGACUUCACCAUCAAAUGGUACUUCGACACGGAGUACGGUGGUUGUUCGCGGUUCUGGUAUGGCGGCUGCGAGGGUAACGAUAAUCGAUUCAAGACGCAGGAAGAGUGCAAGGAAGUUUGCGUGCAACCGAAAGGAAAAGAUGCUUGCUUCCUGCCGAAGAUUUCUGGACCCUGCGAGGGAUACUUCCCUACUUGGUAUUACGACGCUGGCAGAAAACAGUGUGGACAAUUUGUGUAUGGAGGUUGUCUUGGAAAUGCGAACAAAUUCAAAACUAGGGAAGAGUGCGAGGAACUUUGCGUUGUACCUGAAGAUUUGGACCCAUGUGAGCAACCAAAAGAAGCAGGACCCUGCGAAGGCAACUUCACCCGCUGGUUCUUCAACAGCGAAUCCCAAGCUUGCGAACAAUUCAGGUACGGUGGUUGCAAAUCGAACGACAACAACUUCGCCACAGAGAUCGCCUGUCAUCAGCAAUGUCUGCAACCUGGAAGAAGAAGAGUAAAACUGACAGACGUGUGUGCCCUGGAGAAAGAUCCCGGGCCAUGUCCGGGCACGGUGUUGCGCUGGUAUUAUGACGCCAAGCGUCAGAAGUGUAACCGAUUUGUUUACGGUGGUUGUAAAGGCAACGCCAAUAGAUUCCGUACGCUUGCUGCCUGCGAGCAGCGCUGCUCUGUCAAAGAUAGUUGCUUGCUGCCUCGAGCCGAGGGUAACUGCGGGGAGAAGCAAUCUCGAUGGUACUUUGAUCAGUCGGAGAAUCGAUGCAUGCCAUUCUAUUAUACCGGUUGCGGUGGAAAUAAAAAUAAUUUCGAAUCUAGGGACGCAUGCGAGUCCGAUUGCCCGGCUAAAAUUGAGCAAGACACGUGUCUUUUGCCCGCGCUUUUGGGAGAAUGCCACAACUAUACUCAACGAUGGUACUACGAUUCUUACGAACAACAAUGUAGACAAUUCUACUAUGGUGGUUGCGGUGGGAACGAGAAUAAUUUCGUCACCGAAGAGGAUUGUCUUAACAGGUGUCAAACGACGAUUACUACCCCUGCGCCGUCUAGGGAAGUCGAAUUUCGACCAGACUUCUGUUUCCUUCCGGAUGAACACGGUCCAUGUUCUGAUGAUCAAAUUAAAUGGUUCUACGACAGCAGGGAGGGUGUUUGCAAGCAAUUUAGGUUUGGAGGUUGCCAGAGCAAUGGAAACAACUUCAAUUCUCACGAGGAGUGCGAAUAUCGUUGUGGGGAUGUACAAGACCCCUGCUCCCUACCAAAAGUCAUCGGUCCCUGCAGCGGAAUCGUCAGACAGUACUACUACGACCAUCGAGCAGACUCCUGCUACGAAUUCGACUACAGCGGUUGUCAGGGUAACAAGAACCGCUUCCAAGAUAGAGCAUCCUGCGAACAGAGAUGCAAGAGAGGACCAAGUCCAACAGAAGCAGCGAACAUCACCGUCACGGUUGCACCUCGUGUCGAAACAGUCUCAAAGAGUCCUAUUUGUUUCACGCCUGUCGAUCCUGGCUCUUGUAACAACGAUAUCACCGCUUAUUAUUACGAUGCGCAGAAUCAAGCUUGUCAAGCGUUCACUUAUGGCGGUUGCGAAGGAAAUGCGAAUCGCUUCCAGACGGAGGAACAGUGCGAACGACUUUGUGGAAGAUUCCAAGGACAAGAUACUUGCAACCUGCCAGCGGAUCCUGGCGACUGUAGAGGCUCCUUCCGCAAAUAUUAUUACGACCCGGUCAGCCGCAUCUGUCGCGAAUUUAUAUACGGUGGCUGCGAGGGCAACGCAAACAGAUUCAGCACUAUGAACGAGUGCGUAUCGAUUUGCAUUCAUCACGAGGAACCUGUGCCACCUGGAAACGACACGAACCUGUCGAGUUUGUCGAUUUGUAAAGAACCGGUCGACAUCGGGUCUUGCACUUCCGGUUCUACCAAGCGAUUCUACUUCGACGAGGAACAACAAACCUGUAGAGCGUUCAUUUACACUGGAUGCGGUGGAAAUCGUAAUCGAUUCAAGACUUUCGAGUCUUGUAUUAACACUUGUCUCAGCACCACUAACGAGAUCGACGUGGAGUCUGGAAAGAACGUAAAGGACCCUUGCGCUGAAGCUCGCGAGGAAUGCAGCAUUAUUCGUUGUCCUUAUGGCAAGGAAGCCUUCGUGGAUUCUCAGGAUUGCGAACGAUGCCGCUGUGUGGAUCCUUGUAGGACGCAGAUUUGUCCUGAUGGCACUAAAUGCGCCAUUACUUUGGUUGCCACUAAAGAUGGCACGGAAUACAAGGGUGUAUGCAGAUCAGUAACAAAACCAGGCCGCUGUCCAAGAGUAUCGAACAGCACCGGAUGCGAGCAGGAGUGCAUCACGGACGCAGAUUGCACCGGAGAGAUGAAGUGUUGCAACACUGGUUGCGGCACUUCCUGCCUCGAACCAGCAGCGGAAGUUCCUGAGACCUCUCCAAGGCCGUGGGUCACUGCUCCGCCGGCUGGAGCUGAACCCGCGUCGAUAAAGCAGCCUGAAGAGCCUAAAGUCAGCGCUCAAGAGGGUGGAUACGUUACUUUGCAGUGCUUGGCUCUUGGCAACCCGAAACCCACCAUUACAUGGAGAAAAGAUACCACCUUGAUCGGGCCGUCGGAGAACAGGCGCCGUAUACUGCUCGAUGGUUCUCUUCAAAUAAUCAAUCUGUACAGAUACGAUGGUGGAACUUAUGUUUGUACAGCUGACAAUGGUUUGGGACCACCGGUAAGAGCGGAAUACCAAUUAGUAAUAACAGAACCCCAAGAGUUACCAGCAGCGAUCAUCGGUGAGCCAAACAGUCAGAUCACGGUGACCAUGAACUCGCCCAUAUCGCUUCAUUGCUACGCCUGGGGUUGGCCUCGGCCUUUCGUCACUUGGUGGCGAGGUGAUCGCAUGUUGCCAUUGUCGUCGGACAUCUACGAGCAAGAUUCCGAUUACACGUUGCUAAUUCGUUCGGUGACACUGUCGUCGUUAGGCGUGUACACCUGUCAAGCUUUCAACGCGAUCGGCAGAGCUGCAUCUUGGUCGACGACUCUGCAGGCGAUCGGACCUGUUUACAAUGUCCGACCUGAUUUCGAACAGUACUUGAAGUACUUGGUCGAACCUCCUAAAAAACCUGAGAAGCCUCAGUAUCCUUAUAGACCCAACAGAACGCAGACUCCUGAUUACCCGAUCACGUAUACUCCUUUGACUCAUGUACCUACGGUUGCUCCUAUUACGAGAACCACUAUCGAGAUUGGUCGCAGGUUUGCAGUUCCUGUCACAGCGAAUAUAUCGAUAGGACAGAAUCAGUUCCCUGAAGGCAGUGAUAUCAGCAUCACUUGCAACGUCGAUGGUGAUCCGAUUCCUCGAGUAUCGUGGUUCAAGGAUGACGACCCUAUUCAAGCUAAUAAUCGAAUUCAGAUUACCGACGCGAACAGAUUGCUAAUCACCGACGCGAAUCGAGAGGACUCCGGCCGAUACCGUUGCGUCGCCACAAAUGAUUACUACAAAGCCUCGGACACUGUAGAUAUACGAGUCGAUGGUAUCUUCAUCCACCCCAAUUGCCAGGACAACACGUUCUUCGCAAAGUGCGACUUAAUCGUGAAGGCGAGAUACUGCACGCACAAAUACUACGCGAAAUUCUGUUGUCGAUCGUGUACCGAGGCCGGCCAGCUACCCUCGAGGGGGCCUCACCUGAGCACCUCGAGAAGGCGGCGAAGGUAUAUCAUGAAAACGCUCGUCUAAACGUCGAACGGGGAUGAUUCGCGAUAUUCGUGACGAGCAACACGAUCCGGCGAAACAUCGACUGUCAUCCAGAGGAGAUAUGGCGAAAGGAACGACGACGAUUCGAUGACACUUGUGAAAAUUGUGUACCGCGAUCAUCGUGACGUUAAUUCACUGCCAAAGCCUUAGAACGUCUAUAUACAUAGAUACGUUUAAUAUAUAUUAAGGAACAGCGAGACGGAGGGGUCGAUGAAGGUCGACGAUGAAGGUCCACGAGUUGGCGCGUGAAUUCACUGUGGAGACGUUUGGCUACAUUUGGUUACAUUUUGGCAAAUCAGAAUUAAUUUCUUGAGAGUUAAGACCUUGAGAGUUAAGUUCUUGAGAGUUAAGUUCUUGAGAGUUAUUCUUAGAAUUAAAUCACUGAUUGAUUGAUUGAUUGAUUGAUUGAUUGAGUUUAUAAGGGCGACUGCUAUGAUCAUUGGCCCAAAACACUUGAGAGACCAUUUGCCUAACUGGCGAUCUACUGUUCAAAAUGGCGUACAUCUGACCAGUUGUAGCUCUUGUAUGCUCUUCGCGCGCCAACUCGUUGGAGGAGCGAUUCCUUGGUUUAUCGUCGUUGUUUCUUUCCAACGCCGUCGUCCGUAUAUAUACGAUCUGACGCUGAAUCCUAGUCGGUCGAAGCCAUAUUAGGCGGGUUAAUUACUGUCCUCGUGGGACGAGAGGAAGCUCGAUCGAAUCCUCGACACGAUCGAUACUUUCCGAUUUUCUUUUUCCCUUCGUUUUUCUUUUUCCAUCGACGAUCAUCGCUACUCGUCGCUGCGACUGCGUUUUAUGUUGCAUAUACACACUUUGUACACUGUUUGGACAUUUUUGGACAUCUCUCAAUUUUUAUGUUUCGGCAUUUUUGUGCUUUUGUGUCUUUGUAU